UUACACUGUCACGAGGUGCGGCAGCUCGGACGCUACGGGAUCGCUACGUUGUCGUUGGCAUUGCAAUUUGCUGCUGCUCAAGCAGUUGUCUGUUGUCAUUGUUGAUGGUUCCUGAUCGUGUCCUCUUCUGUGAUCAGGUCUUCCAGGAGCUUUCUGAUUACAAUCUUCUAAGGCAGGAGCUGCCCUCACAGGCUUAGGCUAAGUUAAUUUAAGUAGGGGACGCUCUCUUUUGGUGCCAGCUAUUGGCAAGGAUUGGGACGACAUUGGGAUCUGGAUCGUAAAGGGACCGUCAAUCGAAGCAGGCGCUGGUUGGGUUUUCUGACAGUUGUUGGAGCUGUCAUUCAUCAUAGCUGCAGGAUAUAGUAAGUUCAGGACCAGAUCAAAGCCAGUCUACCUUGAAGCAUGGCCCCUGAUGCUGAACGUUUCAAGGAUGAAUUGGCCGCGGAGGAAAGCCGGCAAGCUGGAUUGGCAAGCAGGAGGAAAGUCAAGCAGGCUGACAAUGUGCAGAAGCAGUAUUCUUUGCAAGAGAUUGCUGGGCAUGACAAGCCAGACGAUUGCUGGCUGAUAAUACGCGGUAAAGUGUACGAUGUCUCCACAUGGGUCUCCAAGCAUCCUGGCGGCAGCAUGAUUUUUGUGAAGGCUGGCCGCGAUUGCACUCAGUUGUUCGACUCAUAUCAUCCCCUCUAUGUCAGGAAGAUGCUGGACAAGUUCUGCAUUGGUAGGCUAGAGCGCCCCGCCAGCAAAGUGCCAGACUCUGAGUGGGCCCAGUACUUGGAGUUUUGUGAUGACCAGUCGGACUCUGGCUUCUACACCACCCUCAAACAGCGGGUGGAGGCCUACUUCAAGAGCAACAACAUCAACCCCAGGUACCAUCCAGGGAUGAUCAUCAAAUCAGUCCUCCUGCUUGCUGGGUUUGUGGCGUCCUUCUAUGCCACCUUCUUUGGCUUCACCACUAUGGGGCUCAACCUGGUGGCGGCAGUGCUCAUGGGCUCCUUCGCAGCGCAGUUUGGCAUGUCCAUCAUGCACGACGCUAAUCAUGGAGCUUACACCGAAUCUCUGGGGCUUGGCUACGUGAUGAGCCUUACUCUGGACCUUGUGGGCGCCAGCAGUUUCAUGUGGAGACAGCAGCACGUGGUCGGGCACCAUGCAUACACCAACAUCGACAAUUACGACCCGGACAUGCGAGUGGACGAUCCGGAUGUCCGGCGGUGUUCUAACGCGCAGCCCGGGCAGAGCUAUCACAAGUACCAACAUUUGUACCUGGGCGUUCUGUACGGCCUGCUCGCCCUCAAGAGCGUCUUCCUGGACGACUUCAAGGCCUUCUUCGACGGCCACAUUGGCACGGUGCGCGUUGCUCGCAUGACGCCCCUGGAGUCCGCUUGUUUCUGGGGCACCAAAGCAUUCUACUUCCUCUACAUGCUGGUUCUCCCCGCAGUCUACAGCCCACACCCCGGCUGGAAGAUCGCGCUCCUCUACGUCCUGUCGCAGUUGAUCACUGGGUGGACGCUGGCGCUGCUGUUCCAAGUGGCGCACCUGGUGGACGAGGUGGACUACCCGCAGGCCAAGCCGACGGCGGACGGCCACAACCGGGUGGAGUUCGACUGGGCCAAGGCGCAGGUGGCCACCACCGCAGACUUCUGCCCGGGGUCCUUCUUCUGGCUGCACUUCAGCGGGGGCCUGAGCUACCAGGUCGAGCACCACUUGUUCCCCGGCUUCUGCCACUUUUACUACCCGGCCAUUGCACCCAUUGUGCGGCAGACAUGCACGGAGUUUGACGUCCCCUACCACUGCUUCCCAACAUUCUGGGAAGGCUUGAAGUCGCACUUCAAGCACCUGCAGAAGGUGGGCCUCGCGGGCUUUGAGCUGAGGCUGGAUGGAUGACCCACAGCGGUUGCUACACUAUCCCUCCACUGCCCGUUGGGGCGGGUAGGAUUGCGGUUAUUAGACGAGCUUCUGAUUCGGCUGAAACGACUUUCACACAUCAAUCGGCACGUGCAUAGCAGGAAGAGUCUAGUCGUACUAGAGUACGUUCACGCCCGAGGGGUGCCACGCUGCACCUUAGACCCGAAGUUAGAGCCGUUCAUCAUUCUUUUUUGCCGGGUAGCCAGUGAGGAACAUCUCAUGCGACUACUCUGAGCAAUCGCCACAUUGAGAUCACAUGAUUUUUUCUAGGAAGGUAGCGGGUAGUGCAAUGUUGUUGCCAAAGUGCCUAUAGCAAAGUAUAGGCCGCCUAGGAUUUUACCAGACCAUGCCUUGAUGACACCUUACAGCUUCCUUCCUACGAAUGAGUACAGUGGCACCUUCUUACGUUGCCUGGCCGUUCGCUUCAUAACGUACUUGAGAGAGAAAAACGAUCGCUUACAAGAACCACCCGUCUCUGAAGCGUGGCAGCUGCAGUCGGUUAACGAGCUUGCCGCCG